CGGGGUGAUCAUUAGUUCUGAAGAAUCAGAUUUUUGUUAUUAUUUACUUAUUGCCAGCAACCUCAGGAAAAAUGGCUUACAAAUUACUCUUUUCAAUAUUUUUGUUGCUCUGUAUUGCAGUGACUAAUGAGGCGAGAACCGAAGUUCGUAUAAAGUUAGGCUCAGGAACUCUUAAAAGCAGCGGCUGGUUUGGUAAGAAAUCAGAUUUUGUCUACCAUGUACCGAUCGGAGCUUUUCAUGUAUCCCUGGAUUACAAAGAUUUCAGUUCGAGUGGUUUUAACAUAGGCAGCGGGAAUGGGAAGGCAACUUUAAGCUGGACAACUGGGAGUCGAACAGCCAAAGUUCAUGCUUGGGUCAACGGUAAAUUUUGGGGAACUAACCGUGUUUCCUGGACGGUUUGGGCAUCGAUUUGGAAGAAUUAAGUGAAAAGAAGUCGUUUGAUGACGGAGUACGUGUUUUUGGACAUUACGGAAUAUUGAAUUAUUUCCAGUGGAUAUAUAUACGCUGUUUAAUUAAACUUGCAUGAUUAGGGUC